AUGAGAGCGCCAUUCGACGGUUAACUGUAAAAUGAUUUGACGUUAAAAAUGUAAACAAACUGGUUAAACCAGACUAAUUUGUCUCAAAAAACAAAAGAUAUCCUGACCCCCCCCUCCCCGAAAAGAAAAGACACAUGAUGAAAAUUGUAGGGAAUUUCGUUGAUUUUCUUUAAAAACUCAGAAGGUCGAUAAAUUCAUCAAAUGUCGCGUUUCACUAUUUCAUAUUUAUUAUUCUUAAGUUAAAUAUUAUAUUAAUAACGGAAAUAUGACUUGAUAGCUUUAUUGAAAAAUGAAUACAGUCAUUUCUUAAGCUUCAUCUUAAUUUAUAAAAUUCUUCUGCGGAAAAAAUAGUUAAUUCAAGCAUUUACAAAAUUGGUAGCAUAACAUGUUUAAUUAUUGUGAUUGAAAAAUUUCUCGAAAAUCCAAGUCAACUAUAUCCAAUCAGUCAUAUACCAAAUUUCAAGUAUUCUCCUGUUUAAAGUUUUAACUCAUGAAGACAUAUAUUCCAUGUACUUAUUCGAGGACGCACUUUCUGCUUAAGAGGCCUGCAUCAUUUCUACACAGAAACUUGUGAACAUUCGUAGCAUGGCUUUCGAGGGCAUUUUAAACAUACAGUCCCUUCCUGUCCAUUUGAGCCAAAAAUAUUAAACUAGGGAAUACAAAAAGUUUUUCAGAACUUCACUAAUUUGGUUUUAGAAAAAGAGAAUCUGCUCUAGAGCUGAAUGUGUAUUCAGACAAGGACAACUAGAAUCAGUUAGUCCGUCUCUAUUCUGACAAUACAAAUUUAAAUUUCAACUGCAGUCAGAAAAUUGCCUUAAAUGGAGUUGAAUUAAUAUAUUGCACCUUAAGAAUUUAGACGAAGUACAUAAGUAUUCAAGCAUGCCACAGUCAAUUUUUAUUCAAAUUGGCCAAUGUGGAAAUCAGAUUGGAUAUCGUUUUUGGGAUUUAGCUCUUCAAGAAUACCGAUAUUAUAAAACUAAUGUAGAAGAUAUGAAUAGUUUCUUCAAGAUGAGCGAUCAUUCAAAGAAAUCUGGCUGUUUUAAUUCAGACUCUGUUAAAGCUAGAGCAGUUUUGAUUGAUAUGGAAGAAGGAGUAGUGUCAGAAAUUUUGAAUAGCUCCUUGAAAUUUGUAUUUGAUCGACAACAAUUAAUAACAGAUGUUUCAGGAUCUGGAAACAACUGGGCCAUAGGAAAUAAAUUUUAUGGCGUAAAAUACAGGAAUCGUCUGAUCGAAUUGUUUAGAAAAGAAGUUGAGGAGUGUGAUAACCUACAGUGCUUCUUCUUGUUACAUUCAAUGGGUGGUGGCACAGGUUCAGGAUUAGGUACUGCAGCUCUUGAAUACUUAUGCGAUGAAUUUUCAAAAACUCCCAGGUUUGUUUUUGCUGCUUUUCCCUCUCCUCAAGAUGAUGUGAUAACUUCGCCUUAUAAUACUCUCUUAGCAAACAGGCAACUAAUUAAUUUUGCAGAUUGUGUUUUUCCUUUUCAGAAUGAAGCUUUAAUCGAUGUAUGCAAUAAAGCAUCGAAACUGAAGAGAUUGCACUUAACAACUAACCGGACAAAAUCGCAGUCUAAACCGUUUGAUGAAAUGAAUGAUAUUAUUGCUAAUACUAUACUUAACUUAACAUGUUCGUCGAGAUUUCCUGGAAGUUUAAAUGUGGACAUUAAUGAAAUUGUAAUGAAUAUGACACCAUAUCCUCGUCUCCAUUACUUGAUACCUAGUGCUUCUCCUUUGUUUCCUUUUAUUGAGAAUUGUAAAACGGAUCAGAUGUUUAAUGAAAUAUUUUCGGCACAUAAUCAGUUGUUUCAUUGCUGCCCAACUCAAGGGACAGUACUUGCUUCAGCCCUUCUCUGCCGUGGACAAGUUGCCAUGUCUGAUAUUCAGUAUAACAUUGAAAGAUUGAAAGGAAGCGUCAAGUUCAUACCUUGGAAUAAAGAGGGCUGGAAGAUUGGAUUGUGCAAAAUCCCUCACAUAGCUUAUUCUCGCUCGAUUCUCAUGUUUUCUAAUACAACUUCAAUUACAAAAUAUAUGUGCAAAUUGAAAGACAAUUUUCUUAAAAUGUAUCGAAAAAAGGCUCAUCUGCACCAUUUCCUUGAAGUCGAGUACAUGGAGGAAGAUACUUUUACAACAGCCCUUGCUGAUUUAGAGUUGCUUAUAAGUGAUUAUAAGCAAUGUGAAUUGGUUUCUGAAGCUUCGGAACAGCCACGUUUAAAAAUCAAGCUAUGAAAUAUUAUCUAUAAUUUACUGUGGACAUUCUUUUUUUUUUUAAAAUCAGUGGUGGAUUUAGGCAUUUCUCGGCUCUAGGCUCUGUUUACAAAGAAGUUCCUUUGAGUUAACAGAUCAUAUUAAUUUCACAUUUCAACACAUUUUUAAUCUAAUAUUUAUCAUGUUAAUGAUUUAUUUUUUUAUUUUUGCGACUUUAUGAAAAUGUAUACGUUUUUAUUUAUUAUAACAUGUCGUAUCAUCUAUGAUUGCACUCACUGUUAUUUAAGCAGACACUAAACUGCUAGCUGCCUUGUUAGAAAUCCACCACUGACCUUACUAUUUCUUAUUUUGUAUAAAUAUGUAAUUUUUAAAACUUAUUUUGUAUAGUUAUUUCCUUGAAAAAUAAAAUGAAUAUUUGCCUCUU